AUGGUCAAGCAAGGCGCAGCCCGCGUUCUCUACUGGUUCCGCACCGACCUGCGUCUACACGACUCGCCCGCCCUCCAGGCCGCCCUCGACCUCAAACCCGCCGCCCUCUUCCCCGUCUGGUGCUGGGAUCCCAACUAUGUCUACAAGCACCGCGUCGGCAUCAACCGCUUCCGCUUCCUCCUCGAGUCGAUGCAGGUGCUCUCGGACCAGAUCACAAACACGCAGGCCAACUCGCAGCUCCUCGUCGUCCGCGGCGAGCCCACCGAGCUGCUCCCAGAGCUCUGGAAGCGCUGGAAGAUCACCCACCUCGUCAUCGAAAAGGACCCUUCGGCGUACGGACGCAGACGCGAUGCCCUCAUCAAAGAGGCCGCAGCCAAGAGCAAAGUCGAGAUCGUAGCGGUCCAGGGGCAUCACCUCUACGACCCCGAAGACGUCGUCAAGCGCAACAAGGGCAAGCCCACCAUGGCCAUCAGCACGCUCCAAAAGAUCGUGGCCGACAUCGGCGACGUGCCCAAGCCGCUCGACGCGCCCAAGGACCUGCCGCUCCCGCAGCCAGAGGGCUCCAAAACCGCCAAGCUGCCGGACUUGCUCUCUGAGCUGGCCAAGUCGCUCGAAGGGCUGCCACACUAUACAGGAAAGGGGCGCGAGGGUCCAGCCGACGUCGACCUCAAUUCGGCCACCUUGGGCGGGCAGCGCGAUGGCGAGCUGACCUGCUACGACACGCUCAACGGCGACGCCUCGUCGCUCUUUUCGGUGCCCACGCUCGCCUCGCUCGGCAUGGACGCGUCCAAGGUGCGCGACACGAUCAAGGGCGGCGAGGUCGAGGCGCUCAAGAAGCUCGGCAACAUCUGCAAGGACGCCGAGUACGUCGCCACGUUUGCCAAGCCCAAGACGUCGCCCGGCCAGGACGCCAGCGACCCAUCGACGACGCUCCUCUCGCCUUACCUCAAGUUUGGCUGCCUCAGCGUGAGGAAGCUCUGGUGGGACGCCGAGGAGGCCAAGAAAAAGUACAAGGGCGGAAGCAAGACGGCGCCCCCGGAGAACCUCAAUGGCCAGCUCCUCUUCCGAGACAUGUACGCCUGCGCCGAGCAUGCCAUCGGCGACGCCUUCAACCAGGUCAGGGGCAAUAGCGUCUGCCGCUACAUGGACUGGUAUCUGCCCACCGUGUAUGACAAGGAUGGACAGGCGAUCAUGCCUCGGCCGCCGGGCGACGAGGUGAGCGAGGCGCGGCUCUCGGCAUACAAGAUGGGCCAGACGGGCUUCCCCUGGAUCGACGCCCUGAUGCGCCAGCUGCGCCUCGAAGGGUGGAUGCACCACCUCGGACGGCACUCGGUCGCCGCCUUUCUGACGCGCGGGCAAUGCUGGAUCAGCUGGGAGCGGGGUGCCGAGAUCUUUGACGAGUACCUCAUCGACUGGGACCCAUGCUCGAACCCAGGCAACUGGAUGUGGCUAUCCUGUUCCGCCUUUUUCACGCAGUACUUCCGGCUGUACGGUCUGGCGACCUUUCCGGCAAAGUACGACAAGACGGGCGCGCUGGUGCGCAAAUACUGUCCGGAGCUGUCCAAGUUCCCAGACAAGUACAUCUACGAACCCUUCAAUGCGCCGAUCGAGGUGCAGAAAAAGGCGGGUUGUAUCGUGGGACGCGACUAUCCGUUUCCGAUGCUCGAUGAAAAGGAGACCAAGACGGAGAAUAUGCAGAGGAUCAAGGCUUGUUACCAACUCGGCCUUUUUGGCGAUUCCAAAGAGGUCCUGGAGGGAAAGGCCGAGGCGGUGGUGAGGAAGAAACAUGGCUUCCCGGAUCGACCGCAACGCUUUGAGUGGAAGGCGAGACCGGGUGACAAGGUCCCGCAGUGGGCUAGGGCGCCGGAGCAUGAAGCGCGCACUACUCGAGGUGCGCCGGAUCAUGUUGGUGGUCAAGAGGACGGGGUGGACGGCGAUGAUGAGGAGCAGGGCGAGCAGGAUGGCCAGCAAGAGGAGGACGCUACGCCUUCGGACGAGGAUGACAGCGACAACGACGACGACAAGACGACCAACGGCAAAAAGCGCAAGGCCUCGACUGCAAAGCGAGGUCGGGGCGGCAAGGCGCAGAAGAAAAAGUAG